UGACAUUCGGAAGGGUCGGGUCAUGCAAACUGAGCUGCGCUCUGUGGCCCGCCAGCCGCUGCAGGAUGAACGCGGGGCCUUUCUCGAAGUUCUGGAGCUCGAUCCUUUGAACGCCCAGGCCUUUGAGAAUCUGGGUUCUACGUUGCUGCCAGGCGUGGGGAUUCGGCCACGGGGAGGCGCCACCAAUCUGUUGGUCUUCAAGACGUGGGUCUGUGUUUUUUUGGCACCGUUUCAGGUGACUGGGAAGGAACCAAGAGGAACGUCGGAGGUGCUCCUAUUUUGACGUUUUGACGUUGGGGGGUUUUGGUUCUCCAGGACAAUUUUCUCCGUAAUGCAUCACGAACGAGUUGGUCCUUUUGCCAAUGCUUGAUCUUGCUUAAUGAAGCUUCCUAUGCUCAGGCUUUUCGCUGAAGUGACGCAAGGAGUCCGAACCAGCCAAGGGCAGAGCCUGCGCCUGCCCGACGGGCUGCUGGUGCCCAAGCGCGCUCUGCAUCAGAAGGCCGUCGAGUUGGAUGCUUCCCACAGUGGCGCUCAUGCCGUGCGACGCAUCAGGCACGGGCCGUGGCGCCGAGACGUGAUGGGCAGCGGCGGCGGAGCCAGCGGUGGCGCCGCGGGCGGCCACGGUGGAGCCAGCGCUGGCAACGCGCAUAACAACUUGGCGGUGUCGCUGAGACGUGAUGAGGUGCUUUCGCUGCAGCAAGGGCCAGCAACACAGCGCUCGCUCUUCCAGCAAGCCGUGGAGCUAGACCCGGGCAACGCCGUGGCUCACUGCAACUUGGGCGUGGUCCUUGGGGACCACGAGGUGGUGCGACUGCAAAACGGCAGCCUGUGGGACAAGCGAAGCCUCUUCGUGAAGUCGAUUGAGCUAGAUCCAGGUUGGGCUCUGGCGUACAACAAUCUGGCGAACCUGCUUGCGCCGCAGGAAUGGGUGCGACUGGCAGAUGGCUGCUGGGAUCGCCGAGGGCUGUACUUGGCAGCAUUGCAGCUGGACGAAAGUUACGGGGUGGCGUACAACAAUCUGGCUCUCACCCUUGGAUUUCGUGAGAAGGUGCGAUGCCUUGACCGGGUGUGGGAUCGGCGAUCUUUGCACCGCCGGGCGCUAGAACUUUGCCCAAGGCACAUAUGCGCGUACCGGGACCUGGCCCUUGCCCUGCAGCCUGGGGAAAGGAUGUCCUUGGACGGACAAGAUUUCGGCCAGCGCGAGCUGCUGCUAGAAGCCAUCAGGCUGGACUCUAGCUUUGCGUCUGCCUACAAACUCCUGGCACGAACGCUUUCGCCAGAGGAGCAUGUCCAGGAGCAAAACAAGACGCAGCUCUUGGUGAAGGCGCUUGAGCUAGACCCCCACGAUGCGCCCGGCUGCGCAGAACUAGGUUUGCACUUGGGCUCGGGGCACUGCCAGCUUCAAGGCUGGCCAAGUCCCGAAGCCUGGUUUUGCGAGCUGGAAGGCUUGGGAAAAGGCAGCGGAAACUGGAGCGGUGCGCAGCUGAUGCAGAGGGCUCUUCAGCUGGCACCAAGCUGCCCCGAGGUGCUGCUCGCCGCGAGCGCAGGCGGCGGCCCGCUUGAUCCGUGCCUACUCCGCGCGGCAGCGCUCGGCAACGCCGUUGCCUGCCGCCGGUUGGCCCUCGCCUUGGCGCCUGGCGGGCGGGUGCGUGUCCCCUUUGAGGAGCAGGUGCGACUUUGCAGCCGCCGGCAGCUACUCCUCCGCGCUUGCGAAGAAAUGGGCGCAGAGUGCCUGGUGGAGCUCGCCCUGGAACUGGAGCCCAAUGAGCGGAUCUGCAUCCAGGGCUCUUUGUGGGACGCCAGGGCGCUGCUGCGCCAGGCGCUACAGCUGCAACCCAACUCAACCGCCGCCGCAGAGCUCCAGCGCCGGGCGCUGGCGCCUUUUGCCGAAGCCUGUCCGCUGCUGAUGCGACACGCAGCAGACGAGUUGUUUGACAGCACAGAUUGGCAGGAUCCUGGCUUUGCCCCUGCUGACGCGCCUGGGGAGCUGGACUGCCUAAGUUUGACGGUGGCGGCCCUUGAGAUGGGAGAAUCUCAGGCCCAUGCUUGGGACGAGCUGGGGGAGCUACUGGGGCCAAAAGAUCGAGUGCGACUGAGAGGGAGAACCUGGAGCCGCCUUGAGCUGCACCUCAGAGCUCUUGAGCUGGAUUGCGCCUCCUCUCGGACCUGGACAAAUUUAGGGGUGACCGUUGACAAGCUCGACUUUCAAGGAUGUCAUUACAGCAGCGAAGAGAUCUUCCAGCGCGCUUUGGAGCUGGAUCCAGAGAACACUGCUGCACAAGCAAAUCUCACAAUUCAUCGUGGGCAGAGGCCGCGCUUGCCUGUGGGCCGAGCCAGAAGUUCGGAGGCGCAGCGCCUUAUCGAAGCAUCCCUGACGAUGCAAGAGAAGGCGUGCAAGUUGGACCCACGUAGCGGCACGCGCCGCCUGCGCUUGGCCAAUGCCCUGAUUGACACCGACCUCUUGGAGACCCAGCAGCGGCACGGGCUUCGACUUUCGCAUCUCCUGGAGGCGUUUCGGCUCGACCCCAACAAUCCCGAGCUUUGCCAGCAGCUCGGGGACAUGUUGUGUCAGACGGGAACCACGCUGCAACAUCCGGAGGGUUCAUGGGGCGCUGAAGCUUUGCUUUCAAGAGCCGCGCUGCUGCAACCGCAGGCGGGGCAAGGGAAGCAACGUUGCGAAGGUGGUUGUCCUGGUCAAAUGCGGCGGCAACCCAGCGCUUAAACAUGUCAACGCGAAAGAUGAUUGCUUGGCUGGCGCCAAGAGGUCGUCAGCAGGCCAAAUAGCGCGCGAGUGGCGUUCUGGCGAGAAUGCGGGCGGAGUGUGCGAGAGGAGCGUGCAAGUGUGCGAGUGGAUUGCGCGAGCGGAACGGGGGCGCCCGUGCGAGUUGCGAGUGGG